AUGUGGUGUGUCCUAGGUGAUUUUAACUCUGUCAGAGAUAUUUUUGAGAGGAGGGGAGUGGGUCAUAAUUCAUCUGCUGGGAGAUCUUCGGAGAUGGUGGCAUUUGAUGCCUUCUUGGGUGAUCUUGAGCUGAUUGAUAUGCCAUUGAGUGGGAGAACUUUCACGUCGUUCCAUCCGAAUGGUAUGGCUAUGAGUAGGUUGGAUAGAGUGCUUAUCUCUACAUCUUGGUCCGAUAUGUGGGGUGAACCUAUUGUUCGGGUUUUGGAGAGAGACGUGGCGGAUCAUUGUCCUCUCGUUCUACGCUAUAGUUCCUUGGAUUGGGGUCCUAAACCAUUCCGUUUCAAUAAUUUUUUGCUUCAAAGUAACGAGUUUAAAGAAGCCAUUAAAACAGCUUGGGGUUCACAGAAUUUGGAGAGUUGGAUGGGUUUUAUACUUAAAGAAAGGCUAAAAGGUCUCAAGGUGGUUAUUAAGGAGUCGAAUGCAGAGAAUUUUGGGUUAGCCGAGGCGAAAAAGAAGCGGUUGAUUAAGAGGAUUGGCGAUUUAGACCUCAAAAGCGAGGUUCUUGGGUUGGAGGAUGGGGAGAUCAAGAUCUAA